UUAAAGGUUUACUAAUCUGUUCAUUGUUAACUCGCAAAUUGAAUGAAUUCAAAGUUCAAACGGUAAUUAGUUGCUCGACCUUUAAUAUUAGAGUUUUGAAUAUGAAUUUUAUAUUUUUAGUGGGAGUUUUAAUAAAGGGUAUUCUCUGUGAUUGGGUUUCCGAAUGGCUGGCUCCGUUAGAAUAUCAAUACACGGACAUAUUGAGACAGAAUACUAGGAACCGAACUUCAAAAUUUGUCCCAGAAGACCAUGAUUCUGAAGUCGUGCCUUUAAAUCCGUAUCUAGAUUCACAUGACGUAUAUACUAAAAAUAAUAUCUUUGAGCCAUCAAGUGGAGAUGCAGGUUCUAAAGGUCUAAAAAUAAAGCUAGAUGAAACUUUAAAAAUUGCCGAAGCGCUAACUGAAACUUUAAAGAAGCAAAUCAAGGAAAUAGAAACUCAGGAACGUUUACUGAAGGAAGCUAUAACGAACGGAAGGUCUGGAGUAACAACAUUAACAGUUUUAACUCUGGGGCAUCCUUCUCGAACCUAUCUUAUACGUGACGGAUUUUGGACUCUCUGUAACGGCUUGGUACAAUACCCAGCUAGUCAGACCUCAUACAACAUCUUCACGGAACUAUUCUCCGCCCCGAGGUGUAUUGGACAGGAGAUUACAUCAAGACGAGAUCCUUGCGUUUUUAACUCCAUCAUCAAAUACCAGACUAUACCUACGACCCGGCGAUCAACGUAUCAUGAAGACGACUACCUUUGCUUGAGAGAAUCUUUCAACAACACUUUAGAGAAUUUUAUGUCUGUAACGAAAAAAGUCGUUGAUGAAACUUGUAAAAAUGGAGUCACAAGAAGUCUGACUGACAACGUUCUGGAUUGCGGAGUGAGGGUUCUAUCUGAGUAUACAUACUAUCCUCCAAAGGACAAUAAAUCGAUCCUACUACCCCUCGAAUAUUGCACGGAAAAAGACGGCUCUUGUAAACUCAUUGUAGCAUGGCAUCUUUCUAAUAAAACUAUCGAAAACUUUGAAUUUCUAAAAACUGAUCAAAAUUUUAAGAAAUUCUUCAUGAAUUCUGACUCUUACAUAGAGCCUUUUAUAUAAAAAUUGAGCUAACAUUCUUAUCAACUUUUUGUAAAAGUUACUUUUUAGGCGCAAACCUACUAAUGCCACAAAGCCAAUAAAAUUCUCUAUUAAGUAGAUAUAAACUAUGAACGCUAAUUGUUGUUUUCUAACCUUGGGCAAUAAAUCAAUACACUUCGAAG